UUAGUCACUAGUGUCACAUGAUCAAGUCAUAUGAUUCGGAAAAGAUGGCGGCCAAAGCUCUGCAAUGUCUUGCAGUGUUUUCUUUACUAUUUAUUAUAGCUGCUUGUGAUAUAACACAGCGAACGGUAAAAUUAUUUCAUAUUAACAUCAAAUUUAAAAUUAACUGUGCUAAAUGUUCUAGAGUGAAAGAUGGUCAUUUACCAUAAAAAUUAAGCAAAUUAGUUUUUUUAACGUUGACUUUGAAUAAUGUAAUUUAUUUUUAGGUCAAUGAAUGAAUUGAUUAUUGAUUUUUGAACAUUGAAUGUCAAUAUUAUUAAUAUUAAUUAAUAAUAUUAUUAUUUAUUAAUGAUUAUUUUGAAAUUUAUUGAAGUUACUUAGACCCUAACCCCCUUCACCCCAAGGACAUUAUAAAAUCAUAUUGUUUGUAAGAGUAAUUAAAACUUUAAUUACUCUAACUUUAACUUUUUAUACUUUAUAAGGUAGCCUACUUUAAUACUAGUCGACGCACCGACCUGCGCAUGUCCAAAAAUGUCGAAAAAACUUGUUCUAUAAAAUGGCAUACAGCUACACGGUAUAUUUGGAAAAUUGCAUACUACGUCACCGUUUAUUAAAUAAUUGCUUUCCUCAUCAGUGACAUAUCAGUUUUUGUGUUCCGGAUUAAAUAUUGUAAUUGAUUCAAUAAUGAAGAAUGAUAGACUGUGUACCGGUAUCGUACACAGUUUUUAACGUAAUAAAUAAAACUUAAAACCAACCAUUGGUUACUACAUAAACUUUUCAAGUUUGGUUAUAAUCUUUUCUUAAAUUAUUAAUUUUAAACGUCUGAUAAUUAUUUAGAUGUUUAAGGAUUUAACAUUAACGAAUCACAGUGAUAGCAGCCAUUUCCGGCUUCUCGAUCAAAAUAAAAAAUAAUGACAAUUUCAUACCCCCAUUUCUUCGCGGGAUGCAUAACUUUUUAUCAACAGGUCAAUGAUAAUAACUCCAAAAAUGAAAAAACUCUUACAAUGAAUGUAGAUUGGGGAGCAUUAAACCGUAUUUUGAUGGCUUUACUAGUAAAAAAGUAUUUAUGAGAUUUAUGUACUAACUGAGUCAUUAUAAUAAUACUGUCCGUGAUGCACAAAAAAAUCUAGUAGCAUAACUCAAUAUGAUUUAUAUUGUAUAGUAGGCCUGCCUAUAGUCUUAUAUAGUCCAAAUAAAAUAAAAUUUAAUUAAAUUUGUAUGAAUCAAUGAAUUGAAUGACAGCAAGUCAGUGUCAGUGAGUGUGAAUAUAUACACUAUUCAAUAUACCAUACUAUACUCAAUUAUUAAUACAAUAUAUAAUAGAUAGUAAGGCCGUCGAAGAUUAACUGAUUUUUUAAAAUUUAUCAUUAUAUUUACUGUAUUAGUAUGCAUACCUGAAUCACGACAAAAGACAAACAUUAUUUAUUUAAAAAAUAAAGCUUUCCCAACGUCCCAUGUUAUUCUCACUACUCCUAACGCAUUUCAUUCAUAGGGCUUGAUGACUCUAUGACACAGUCUCUUUCACUAUUUAUUAUUAUUAGUUGCUAUCACUAUGAUGUGGAUUUCUUCUAAUUUUAUUAUACUUAUGUGAAUUCUUUAAUCUUGAAUUGGUACAAUUCUGUUUUGACAAUUUGUUAUCUUUAAAUAGCUGAUAAAAUUUUAACUAUAGGCUAUAGGCUCUAAUAUAAGUGCUGCAAAUUUAUAAGUCUUAUACCCUGUACGAAAAAAAAUAAAGUAAUGUGCAGUCAACGAUGGUAAAUGACAUUCUUAGAAAAGUGGGUUGAAUUUAGAUUAUUCGAUACACUCUGUAUUUACUCCAUGCCUUGCUAUUCACAUGUUCAGGGAGAGCACUUUUCCAUUUACUAAAACGCAGAGUUCUUCCUACUGGACUUUUUUAAACAGCCAGAAGCUUUUUGAACACAAAAUUGACAGGAAAAGUUUUCAUUAGUCACAAUCCAUAAUUCAUAGGCUGGUAGUCUUCCAAAAUCCAGGAUUUCCUGAUUUCAUUAUUUUUAAAAAUUGUUAUGUUAGACCUAAUUCUAAAAUAAGUAAAUAUGGAUUUCUUUUUUUUAUAUGUAAAAAAAUAUAUAGUUAAACCAUAGAAAUAAUACAGAACACAAAUGAGUGAAAGACUUAAAUAAAACUUUGCUAACUAUAUAUAAAGGUGGGCCAAUAAUCUCACAUCUCGUAGCGUAAUAUUUUACGAGAUGUUCUCACUUUUAUUGGCCCUCCCUGUAUAUAUAUAUAUAUAUUUCAAUGAGACUUACUGUAUAGCAUAUACUUAACAAAAGGCAAUAGACUUGAUUUAUUUUUAACUUGUCAAUCUUUAGGUGACUGUCACAUCAUGGCCUGAUUGUGACGACUAUAAAGAAGACUGUGAGAGGGCCAAACAGAAUGGGUCAAACAUUGUCUAUGCUAAAGCUUCCAGCAAAGAGCAUGAUAAUCUUUAUUAUGUUUUUAGUACAAUUGGACUUCCAACAAUUAUUGUAGCUCAUACCAAAGAAAUGGAUACAGACUUGACCUUCAAUUGGACAAAAUUAAUGGAAGGAAAUGGUUCCAUUGUUGAUGCGAUCAAUUUUAAAUCUCCUAUCAAUGAAGUGUAUUUAUUUGGUGUGGCCUUUACCAGGGUAAUAAUAUAAAUUAUUCUAUAAUUAUUCUAUUUUUUAACAGGUUUAGAAAAAAAAAAUUACUGUGAAGUUGUAUAGAUAGAAAAUUGAUCAAAUAAAAUAGGGAUGUUGAAAACUAUUUCAUCUAUUAAAUAAGUGUUUUAAAAUUGAUUCUGGACACUGCACUGCCAUAUUUCAAAGCAACACAAUUGCAAGUAAAAUAAACCCUAAUUGUACAAGUUUUAUCAGUCAGUGAGAAAUACAGUUCAGACUUGAAAUAAAUGUCCUAACUUGAGCUGCUACCAUGGUGCUUAAUUGUCCUAUGACAAAUUAAAUUUCAACAGCUUGUUGACUCUCUCAUGUAACCUUAAAAUUAUUUAACUUAUACUUCCAACAACUUGUACUUCCAGCAACUUAUACUUUAAACAAAUCUGUUUUCAGUUGCUGGAAUAUGAUGACAAAGACGACACAGCAGAUUUAGAAGAAUGUGAGAAGAAACUGGAUGCUGCAAGUUGGAACAUUCGAGAUUUCAGUCUGUUUACUUGGGAUCCCGCAGUUGUUGAAAAAGAAAACACCUUUGUAUUUAAUACAACAUCUGAUGUCAACCUUAAAACAAAUGAGACCCGUAAUGGCAGCAUCAGUUUUGCUGUAUGUUCAUUUUAAAAAUCAAUUUUAAUUUGAUAAAAUACUGAUACAAUUUGAUUUUUGCCAACUCUUAAUUUUAGCCCUUGAGUUUUGUUUCUGAUUGUCUGGCUGUUAAAGUUGAUACUGCUGUCAAAAAAUUAUGAAUAUUUUCAAAUCCAAUAAUCUGAUACCUUUGAUUUUGAUAAUGAGAUGAAACCAAAGUUUUGAAAAAUAAAACAUGAAACACAUAUACUUACUUCAGAGUCUUGGAAGGGAGUGGCUAUCUAAUUAUUUCCAUUCUCUAUACUAGUAUUUAUUCAUCCAACUUAUUUUAAUUUAUUCAAUAAAUAAUGCAAAAACUCUUCCAUUUAAUUUUAAGUGAAAUAAAAAAAAUUAAAAAUCAAUCUUAAAUGAAUAAACUAGGAAUUAAUUUUGAAAUGCCUCCAUAUUGGUCUUAGCAAAACACAUCCAUUUCAAAAGCAAUUAUAGAGAUAAACAUUAAGCAAUGAGUUAAUAGUGAACUGUUCUAAUGAGUUAAUAGUGAACUGCUCUAAUGAGUUAAUAGUGAACUGCUCUAAUGAGUUAAUAGUGAACUGCUCCUAUGUAAUCCAUGAACUUAAUAUGUUCCAGUUUUCUGUGAAGGGCCAGAAUGGCAGAGCCUCAGAUUUACCAAGACUGUUGUUCAACUCCAAUGAAACAUUGUUUGACUUUGUGAUAGCCAACUACACACCUUCAUUCAACAAUUCACGGUUUGCUUUGGAAGUUGCCGUCAUCAGUAAAUCCAAAAAUGAAAUGGAUGUGGAUCUGACAAGAUCUAUUGAUGAUGAAUAUGCUCCAGGUGUAUUUCAGGUGAGGAAUAUCAGCUCUUCUCUUGCUGUUUAUUUUCUGGUAAUGUCUAAACAAAAAGUUUUUUUCAAAAGUAGUGUAUUUAAAUUGUGGAAAGGGUAAAUCAUAAAUAGUUCACUACUGGGUAUUUAUCUAGUUAAGCCAGUGCAGGUAUUAAGCUGAGUUGAACCAAUUGUAUUACAAUCUGUUUUACCUCCAGCUAAAUAAAAUUUUUGUCAUAUUUCACAUAAAUCAUUCUAAGCGGUUGGAUUCAGCCAGUUUAGGUGAAUCAUAAGUUGAAAUAUUUUCAAUUUGUCAAACCUGUUUCGUUGGGCAUCUAAGUUAAAUAAAUUAAAAUAUUUUUAAUAUUUUAAUUGUGCAUUAAUAGAUUUACCAUUCUUUACCUUCAUUUUAAUUUGAUUGAAGUUUAAAAAAUUGAAAAGUUACAUAGAAUAUAACUUACUCAUUUAUCUAAUUAUAUUACAUAGCCAUUGCAUAUUUAAACUAUGAGAAAUAUGUUGUUAAACAAUGCUUGAAACCUUUGCUUGAAACUUGUAAACAUUCAACAGUGUUGGCAUGGGCAGUAUAUAGGAUUCUGUUAAAGGAAAACUGACUGAAGCAACAGUCACAAGAGUUGGGAAAUAAGUUAUUUAACUGCCUUAGUCAUCUUACUUUCAAACAGAUUUGCUCGAAAUACCAAUUAAGCACAGGCUAACUUUCAGGUUAACGUUGCUCUAUUUUUAGUCAUGAGAUUUUAUUCUAUUAUGCUAAAUUUGUUGCCUUAUCAUGCAGCCCCAAAGAGGGUGCUGAGUUGAGUCCCAUAAAUUUAAAGUUAUUUCCCUUUAGAAGUUUGAGUUUCUCCCAAUUGUGUUCUGUUCCCAGAUAACUGACUGGCUGACCAACCCGCAAGCGAGGGAAACUUCAGGCUUCUUCCAGUGGAAGCCCGUGGCUUAUAUAAGUAAGUCCAGAGGACGUAACACCGCCACCAAGGUGAACCACUACAAGUUACAGGACUUGACUCAUCGAGAGCAUGAAGCUGAGCAACUGAACAGUUCAGUUAUAUGGGCGUUCAACUCAUCCCUGUGGAAUGACAAGUCUGUCAUCAUUCGUAUAGCAAACAUUUCAUUUGGUCUCCCUAAAGACGGCUUCUAUGUCAAAAAUAAUUACACUGCAUGGUAUGUAUCACUAUUAUUAUGAUAAAAGUCAUUGUGACAAAUCAUUGCUGUUAUUCAGCAUUUGACACAUUUCCUCUCCUGUUAGGAUUAAUAAAAAGUGGUUAGGUUUAAUCAGUAUUAUUUAAUACAAGUCUCAUAUCAUCGCCAACUUUCGGCACUCGUACUUAUCGUAGUCUUGUAGCUACUUCGUGUAGCUAUUUAUGCAGAAGACUUGUUGCACGGACCUAUUUGUUGUUUUAAGCUCGGCUUCAAAAAUUUUUCUCAUUUGGCUCAAACUCUCUUAAGAGAAAGUACUAUCUGGAUUAAAUGUGCAGGUGGCUGUGGCAUGGCUGCAAAUGACAUUUCUACAGGGGACAUUGCUACAGAAGACAUUAUUGCUACAGGUGACAUUGCUACAGAGGACAUAUUGCUACAGGUGACAUUAUUGCUACAGGUGACAUUGCUACAGAUGACAUAGCUACAGAGGGCAUUAUUGCUACAGAUAACAUUGCUACAGGUGACAUUGCUACAGGUGACAUUGCUACAGGUGACAUUGCUACAGAGGACAAAAGUUUGAUCAUUAGGCUUUACACAAAAAUGUUUGCUUUAGCUACAAGUGUAGUACAAAAAUAUAUAGUCAUAUUUUGUGGAAAUAAUUUUUUUCAAAUCUUGUAAAGAUUUUUUGCAAUAAAUAAAAUUAGAUAGCGUUUAUUUUAAGUUUUUGGCAAAUUUAAAACUUGAAGACAUGCAAUCUAUUUACUUUCUGAAAAUUUUGACAAAUAAUGAAUGUAAUCAAGCAUCAAAAGUCCUCAAACAAUGGAAUUUCCCCCCUGAGGUGGGAUGAUCACUUGACAUCUGACCAAAAAGCACAGGCGGACAUACUCAAUCAGCAGUUCCGGUUGGUCUUUGGUGACAGUAGAGAGUACUCGGAGGCUGAGUUCUUUCUGAAGACCAACAUAAUGAACAGAGCCUACCCGUGAUGGAAGAUAUUCAGAUUUCAGAGCAGGGUGAGCGUGCCCUCCUCAAAACCAUUAACCCCUACAAGGCAUGUGGUCCUGACAACAUCAAACCACGAGUGCUCAAAGAAUUAGCCAAAGAAAUCGAUCCUCCAUUGACAAUCCUCUCCAAUCAUCGCUACGCACAGGCAAUGUUCCAGCAGACUGGAGAACAGCGCAUGUCAUUCCAAUCUACAAGAAAGGGGAGCAUUCCGACCCUGCCAGCUAUCGUCCGAUAUCCCUCACUAGCGUCGUCUGCAAACUGUUGGAGCACAUAAUCGUAAGCACAGUCAUGAGCUAUCUUGAAAGCCAAAAUAUACUCAAUGACUGGCAACAUGGCUUCCGAGUCAAUAGAUCAUGUGAGACCCAGCUUCUCGAAUUUGUAGAAGACUUGAUGACCAAUUUUGAGAACAGCAAGCAAACUGAUGUGCUGAUGAUGGACUUCUCAAAGGCAUUUGACCGUGUCACUCAUAUUUUUCCAAGGCACUACCAAAACAUGGAUCUCUAACUUCCUUAGCAACCGAUGCCAGGCAGUAGUAGUGGACAGUACACGCUCCUCAUUUGCCGGUGUUAAGUCAGGGGUACCCCAGGGCUUGGUACUAGGCCCCAUUUUGUUCCUAGCAUAUACCAAUGACCAAUUCAAGAAACUGACAUCCCAAGCAGGGCUGUUCAUAGAUAACACGGCAAUGUAUAGGACGAUCUCCAACAGUUCUGACCAGGACCAGCUAAAACAGGAUCUCCAUCGGUUAGCUGAAUGGAAGAUGAGCUGGGACAUGGAAUUUCAUCCUGCAAAGUGCCAGACACUGUUGGUCUCUAGAAAUUAUACCCCUCUACACCACCAUUACAAACUGUAUGGCCAUAACAAUGUCAAAGAGAAAGCCUAUAAAGCCUUUGUCUGGCCACUUUUAGAUUAUGUAUCUUCAGUCUGGGAUCCAUUCACUCGGAAGAGCAUUGAAAGGUUAGAGGCCGUCCAGCAACAGGCAGCACGCUUUGUCCUAAACCGCUACAGGAAGUGUUGGCAGCAUGCUGGAAACAUUGGGCUGGUGAUCACUUGAGGAACCACACCAAUUAUCCAGGCUCUCCAUGAUGUUCAAGAUAAAAAAAAUCCGCUGGUCCAUUGCUCUAAAAUAAACAGAAAAUCGUCAUUUCUGCAAAAGACAAUCAGGGAUUGGAACAAGCUUCCAAAAUGACUAGUUGAGGCGACAACACUAUUGCCUCAGGCCUUCCAACCCCCAGUUCCUGAUACACUCCCUGUGUAGCCCUUGCAUCCCGUGAAAUAUCCUCUUCAAUAACAGGCACAAAAAUAUUGCAAAUCCCCUCUACAUACAUAGGAGCAAGAUUGAUCAAUGCAUUGAUCAUGAGCCCAUAAUAAACAGAAGAAGAAUCAAUGUUUGACAUACAAUAUAGCAAUGCUUUUCAUAAACAUCUUUCAUGGUAUCCCUGAUUUAUUCAUUAAAUAUAUUACAUCUUUGAAAUAAGAUAAAUAAGAGGAGGCCUGCGUUCAGAUUGAAGCAAAAUGAAAUAUGCAGCGGGUUGAGAAAAAGCUAAAGAAGGAUAAUACAAAAAAAAGAGUAAGUUUCAGCCAAAAGCCUUCGACGGCAAAGAAACAGAGACAAACACUAUUAUAGUUGACAGGAAAUGUUAACUACAUAUCUAUGAAACAAGCUAAGAGCUUUUGUCUCUGUCGAAGGCUUUUCUGCCAAAACUUCCACAUUAUUGUAUUGUCCUUCGGGUUUUCUUCUACGCCGUACAUAUUUCAUCUUUUCAAUAAUAUUCUUGAAGCAACUGGGACUAUCAAUCUAACAGCUUCCAGAACAAAUCUUUUGAUUUAAAGAUCUCAUUCAGCUUCAAAGUUCCAUGGCAAUAGGAAUUUAUAGAUAUGCUGGAUUAAGACCUGGACAUGUCAAUUAGUGGAGUCAAGAUAAUUUCUUUAAAAAAUAUAAUUUAAAUAAAUUUUUUUUUUUUUAAAUUUCUUUUUCAACCAAGUUCUUUAUUUUGUUUCCAGGUCUGCUGCCAUGGGCUACGGCAAACCUCCAGAAGACUCAAUUUCGACCAUGGUCAUUAUCAUCAUCUCGGCAGGAUUGGGAAUUCCCGUUAUCAUCAUUAUUUUUGGAAGUAUCUUCACUGUUGUCAGGAGAUUACGUCAAAGGGCGACUGGUUACAUAGCAGUACGUUCAGAUCCAAUAAAUUAGCAGCCAUCAUCAGACGUGUGCAGUGAUUCUAUCUCCUCCAAAACUCCUUUACCCAACCUACCCCCAUGUUUUUAACUUGGAUUUGAUUUUGGUUAGCAUUUUAAUUGUACGGGCAAAAGAAAAAAAGAACUAUUGACCAACAAUUUUAGGACUUAAAAGGUUAAUAUUUUGUUUGUUAAUAAAAAUUUGUAUUGACCUUCCAAAGAUGAGUUUAACUUAUACUGGAAUUAUUCCAUUGACUUGCACGUUAGGACUUUGUUUAAAUAAAUAGUUUCAUAUAAGUCCAUUCUUUUUUUUUUACUCAGCUUUUCCAUUUUUCCCACUUCAACACAUGUGCUGCUUUGUUAUUAAGAUUUUUUCCUAUGAUUUUUCAAGUUUGUGAAUAUAAAAUGGCUUAGUUUGUCCGUGUCAUCUCAUGCAGCUUGUAGUUAUUUCUUAUAAAAAAUAAACUGCUUACUCACCAAAGUAAUGUUAGCUUUAAUUUAAAUUUCUAAUUCUUUGUUAAAAAGAAAUAGGUUAGUAAAUUAAAAUGUACCUAUUUUAUUUAACAUUAUUUUGCGUGUUCAGCAGUGCUAAUAGUUUAGCUUCUGGUAUGAGUUCAUUUUGUUUUAUACAUCUAUUAUUAUAGUUACUUAAUGAUUCACAUUCCACUUGGUGUGUAUUGUAAAAUAUGUGUUCUGUUUUUGUACUCCCUUCUUACUACAAACAAAUAAUUUGUGUAUAAACAGGAAGUGAUGUACUCUUUUUAGUUUUCAUUUUGAUUGCUAGACAGAAAACCUGGAGAAUUGUAUUGAGUUCAAAUCUUGAGGUGUAUAACUGUAAAAUGAUUUCAUAUUUGUCAGAAUCCAAGCUUUGCAAUUGAAAAUUGAAAUAAAUAUAGAAGACAGAAAAGGAACAAAUUAAUAUUGACUUGGGCUUUUAAAUGAAGAAUUUUGCCACUAAUUUUACAAAUGAUGCACCAGAAUAACGUUCUGAGAAUUUUAAAACCUAACAUUUGUUAAGACAUGUAAAUAACAACAAUAUGAAUAUUCAUCUUUUGUCUCAGUGUCUCUGAGGUUGAGUGCUUGUCAUAUUUUCACAGGAGCUUUUGUUGCUAAGCAACUAUCAAUGCCAUCUUUAACACUUUAUUUUUAAAGUUUAAUGUCUGUGUCACGUGUGUUUUUGUGUCAAAUUCUGUAUGUUGACUGAAUGCAUCUGUGUGUGUCAAAUUCUUUGUGUAGACUGAAUGAGUUUGUGUGUGUCAAAUUAUAUGUAUAAAAUGAAUAUGUGUGUCAAAUGCUGUGUGUAGACUGAAUAAAUCUAUGUGUGACAAAUUAUGUGUGUAGACUGAAUGAGUUUGUGUGUGUUAAAUUCUAUGUAUAUACUGAAUAAGUCUAAGUGUGUCAAAUUCCAUGUGUAGACUGAAUAAGUCUGUGUGUGUAGACUUAAGAAAGUCUAUGUGUAUCAAAUUGUAUGUUUAGACUGAAUAAGUAUGUUGAAUUCUAUGUGUAGACUGAGUGAGCCCAUGUGUGAUUAUUCAUUGUGCAUCUGUUUCUGAAAUAAAAAUUUCAAUAAAAAUUAUUGAUGCCUGAUAUGACCUACUGUAAAAUGAGAGUAAAAAUAUGGGCACAGAAGUGUGCUUUUGAUGUCUUGUUUGCAAAGUGCUGGAAAUUAAUAAGUUAAGAAAAACUCUCUCUUCAUGUCUUUCAAACCCAAUGUCCUAACUUAAGCUCCGCUCCUGACCCUUCAUUUGCUUUCAAUCAAAUAUAUUUUUCUUUAUUAUUAUUGAGUAAUGCAAUUAAAUCAUGUAAGUAAAAAUAACAAAACAAGUUUCCUUUUCUGUUUGUCAUUGAAAGAAAACAAUGAAAGGCGAUUCAAUUUGAUGUACAUUGAAUAGAAAAGAAGUACAAGGUUUUGAAAGCAGAUAGAAAGCCAUUUAAUUUUUAAUUUAGCAGUCUAUUUAUACUUUAUAAAUAAUAAUAAAUAAUAAUAAUAAUAAAGUUUAUUUGAAAAACACGAUUCAUACCCAAAAGCUUGAAGCGCGGUACAAAGUCAACCAUAUUUUUAAAAAAAAACAACAACAAAAAAUUAAGCGCAAACAAUCAUAAUAUUGCUUCCUUGUAAAAUAUAGGUAUUUUUAUUUAUUUUGAAUAAUUUUAUUCUAAAGUUUAUUUCAACUUAAUGUUACUGCUUGAAAAUAUUAUGUACUAUGUGAACACAAUGAUAAUGCAGUUUUCUUGUUUCCUCUAUCACUUGCAGACUAAUUAAGUCAGAGGAAUCUGUGGCCUGACUUUAGUUAAAUCUUAUUUCAUGUGUCAGUGAAUGCACGCUCUAGAAGAACAAUUGACCAAAAAGUAUUGACUAGAAUAUAUGGGUUUAUCUUUAUUUUGUUAUUAAGAUUUUUCAUAUGUUUGGAUUAUUAGUAUUGAAUUAAUAUUAGGAUUUUACUGCUAUAUAGAAUUGAUGAGUAUUUGCUGAUAUCCAAAAUGAAAUACAUCCAUGGAUGGCAUUUGUCAUCACAAAUUGACUUCUCAAUUUCUAAGUUACCGAAUGUUAUUGUAUUUUUUUUUAAUUUUGAGUGCUGAAAAGCUUAAAUAUUUUAUGUUUAAUAAUAUAUAUUACAUAUGAAAAACAAAUUCAAAUUUUUAUGCACAAUCAUUACAUUCGAAAUAAGAUUUUAUUUAUUUACCAAAUUUGAUUUAAAUGUACAGAAAUUUUAUCACUCGUCUCUUAAAAGGAAAUAUCAAAUGAAAUUUUUUUAAUGCAAUUUCUGAAAUUCAUUUUUUCCAAUUUCUUUAUAAGCUCAAUGUCCAUAGCUUAGUGUCAAAUCAGCUGAUAUUUGGCACAAUUUAUUUAUGUAUAACCCUUGCAUUCUAAUGUAUUCUUUUUUCCUUUUUGUGGAAAAAAAGAUAUGGAAACUCGUUUCAUAAACUCAAUUCAAGUUUUGAGUUUUUAAUUGUUUCUGUGGAACACGUGUGAUUAGUGAAUCUUUUCAUUGUUCCGCUGAAAUAAGUUUGAUAGUGAAUCUUUUUGAGUAAGCAAUUCACAGGUUUAUUAAUUUACUUUUAAGGGUAUUCCCAAGGAUCAAAACAAUAAAGUUAAAUUGGUGGGCAUAUAUUUUUCUUUGUUAGUUAAUAUUUAAUAAUAAAGUGCAGCAGUUUAUUUAGGUUUACCUUAUGAUACCAUUAAAAUUUACCAUAUUAAAGUUUUUAAUUGAAAUAAACAUUUUCUUAAACA